GGAAAGUAAUCAGUUGCUUCAAAUUUUCAAAUCGACAAAACAUAAAAAAUAGUAAAAGAAAAUUUUAUUUUCAUUUAUUAAUACAGUCAUUAGUCAUCAUAAACUACUCUCAUCACCAAGAUAAACGUUGAAAGAAUUGAUUAAAUUAAUUAUCUGCAACUGAAUCAUCGAAUCGUCAAAGUUUUCGAGAAAUAUUGACACGCAUUUGAAAAAAUGGACGACUUAGCGCCUGGAGUUGAUAGAAGCCCAUCACCAGAAAAACCACGAUCACCAUCAAGAGAAGCUUCAAGAGAUAGAGUUCGCAAGAGAAGAAGUCGUUCAAGAGAACGAAGACGAAGAAGUUAUUCACGGUCUCGAAGUCCUCUUCCCUUCCGUGGUGGAGGUUUUCGAGGAGGAAGGAACAACAACAAUUUCAGAUAUGGAAGACGAUCACCAGAUCGUUUUCGGCGAAAUUUCAAUCGAUUUAAUGACCGGCGAUCUAGAAGUCGGUCUCGUGACAACAACCGUGGACGCAGAUAUGAUAGAAAUAACAGACGAUCACGAAGUGCAUCGCCAAAAUACGUACAGCAAGAAAUGUACAAUGAAAACUAUGGAUACAUUCCACCAACGCCGGCUCCUCCUCAAUUUAACACAAUGGGCCAAAUGAGCUCACAAUUCAAUAAUUAUGAUUUUCAGGGAAAUCCUGCAUAUCCACCUCCGUCAAGUAACUUCAACGUUGGAGGUAUUUCAUGUCCAGUUCCUCCUGGGAUGACAGAAGGAUGGAUUCCACCAGCAUCACUGCAACCAGAGGAAAGUGAAGAAGAUAAGCAAAAGCGCGAAGCUGCUGUUGCUGAGGAAAAGAAGCGUCAACGUGAAGGGCUCAAGAAGCAACGAGAUCAGUACAUCAAUCGGUCUGAAAAAAUGAAACGAGAAUUGAAAGAGUUGAAACAACAAAAGUCGGAUUUAUCAGCUGGUCAUGGAAAGCGUUCACCAUCGCCAAAAACGAUGGGAUUCAUCAAAGAAAACGAGAAACUUCAGUCCCAAAUCGCAUUGAAGCUUUCGGAGAUUUUGAAUGUCAUCGACAUGCUCAACGGGAUCAUUGGAAAAGAUGAAGAUGAACCGAAGAAGAAAUCUGGAAAGAAAUCAAAGGAUUCUGACUCGGAUUCAUCACCAGAAAGAAUUAAAUCAGAGUUGCUUGAAAGCAUGAAACGGAAGAAGAAGGAAGCUGAAGAAAAAAAAGAAAAGUUUAAUUUUAUUGUCUACGAUCCCGAACUUCACUGGUGCAAACCAUGUCAAGCGUUCCCAAAAACAGCAAAGGACUAUUUAAUUCAUCUUCAUACAAAAGAACAUGCUGAAAAGAGUGCAAAGAAUCCAGCAACAGCACCAUGGCGUGAAAGUUUUCAAAAGUUGAAUGAAGUUCCAAGUUAUCCAGAUGCACCGACAAAGCGGACGCCACUUCGUGGUUUACAAUUCUUCGAACCAGCAACAGCUUGGUUUUGUAAACUCUGUGAAGUAUUCAUGGGUGACACGUAUUGUGCUUCGUUGCAUUUAAAGAGCGAGCUUCAUACUGAAAAGUACACGAUUUUCAUCGAAAAAGAACCAAAAUUCGAAGAAAGAUGGUUAGAAGCACGUAAGCGAGCAUUGGAAGCGUCUGAUCAAAAUGGAAAGCCAUCAACGACUGUUGACAAUGAAAAGCGUAAAGACGAAAAGAAAUCGAAGAAGAAAAAGAAUAAACAAAAAGAUCGAAAAGAUAAGAAGAAACGUGGAAAGAAACGUAAACGUGAUUCGUCAUCAUCAUCAAGCGGGUCUGAUGAUUCUGGUUCGAGUAGUGGAAGUGAUGAAAGUUCGAAGAAAAAUGGAAAUGAAAGCGAUCAAGACAGCAAAAAGAAUUCAAUUCGCGUUCAAAUGCGAAAUCUUUUAUCAAAAAGUGGAACAAAUGAAAAUGAUGAGAAAAAUAGCAAAUGGACGAAAGUUUCUGAUAACAUGAAACCAGUUCCACCACCAGCUCCAUCCAUAUCCAAGAAUGCUAUUCAAGAAAAUAAGAAAGACGAGCAAAUCAUUGGUCAAUGGAGCACUGUUGAGUCGGUGAUUUCUCAAGAGGAAAAGAAUUUGAUUGAGAAACUCAAAGGACGUUUGAAGACGCAACAAAAGCCAUCAGAAGAAAAGCAGUCAUCGUCGUCAUCCCUACGUAAAGGUGAUGAAAGAGAACGUGACAGAAAUCGUGAACGAAGUCGUGAUCGUGAACGGGAAAGAAAUUACAGAAAUCGACGAUCACGAACACGCAGUCGAUCAAGAGGAAGAUAUUCAAGACGUUAUUCGAGAAGUCGUUCAAACUCACGCGAUCGUCGUCGUCGCGUUGAACGGCCAGUUGUUAAUUUCCCAACUGAACCAAGAUUGCCACCAUCGAGAGAUGACAAGAAAUUACCAGCACGAUCAUAUGUCAUGAGUAAGAAAGACGACACAGUGAGUAAUGUGAAGAAAGUGAUGCCAAUGAUUGGCAAAAUGCCAGUUUUCAAGAAACAAUUGACUGAGAAGAAAGUUGAAGAACAAGUCGAUGAGAAAGUUGAUGAAACUCCAGUGGUUGAGAAGAGUUCUGAAGAGAAGAAGCCAAGAGAUGAUACUUGGGAUGAUUACAUGCCAGACCCGCUUCAAUAUUCAGCAUUGAUGGGCGCACCACCACCCCCACCUCGAAUUGAAGAACCUGAAGUUGUCCCACCUGGUCUCGAUCCAGAAGAAGAUUCUGAAUUCAUUCCCAAGCCUAUUAGUGAUGCGCCAAUUGCAAGAAAAGGUCCAUUGCCAAAAGACUUUCAAGAUACACUCGAUUUGUUGUAUGAUGGCGAUAAGCCAAAGCCCGUCGUCAUUGAACCAAACCCAGUACAGGAAUUUGUGCCAGUUGAAUCACCGCCGAUUACAGCUGCUGAUCCUGAUGGUCCCGAAAUGAUUAUGGCAGAAGAUUUGUCACAACAUGCUUUGCUUUACGGCGGAUUUUAUCAGCAAACAGCUGAGUCGGUCCAUCAACAAGUUGGUGACAUUGCAGCAACGUCAACAGUUGACCUUAAAAUGAAUGUCGGUGGUGAAGAAGUUAACGGAAGUUUCGAUAAAACAGAAGAUGAUGAAGAUGGUGGUGGAGAAUCAAAGAAUCAAAUGGACAUGGAUGAACUGGCAAUGCUUGGAAUCGAAGUUAAUGAUGUUGGUAGUGGCGUGUGGUAAAAUAUUUUGAUUUUAUCUAAAGAUCGCUACAAAAUGUAAAACUUUCAAUUUUAUGUUUAUUUGAUAACGAAAAAGUAGAAAUAAAAUCAAACAGUUUGAAAAU